AUGGACUCUUACUUUUGCGCUCUUAGUGCACUGGCCGCUCACCUUGUAGAACGCAUGCUAGAGAGAACUAAUACGCAUCAGUUGGAUUUGGGAUAUAUGUGCACUCUGAAUGGUACUGUGGGUCGGAAUGACAAAUUGAAACCAGAUGUGGCUAGGAGAGCGACUGCUAAAAUUGUACGGCUAAACAAAUUUGUGGGUAAAGGCGAAGUCGACGAAAUCGGCACGCAUAGUCUCAGAAAAUGCUCGUGCACAUAUGCUCAGAGACGUGGACGCUCAAAAGAUGAUGCAGAUGGUAGAGGCAGAUGGACCAGGACAAGAACAAAGGGUCAGAGAAAGAAGAAGUCAAAUCGUCAGGUCGAUAGAUACUCCAGCUCCUUGAUGCCAUAUUCUGAUGCUAAAGUAUCGGAGGCCUUAUGUGGUCCCCAAGUUCAAUCUUAA